CGGAGUCGGGAGUUGAAUGAAGUGCGCGACGUGUGCGCGCGCGCAGCUCGGCGCUCAGUGUCCGCCCGCGACCCGAGCUGGCCUGUCUCGUCGACGUUACGUUACCCCGGUUGCCGCGGCUCGCCCGCCCAACGUGUGUGUCCCGACUCUCGCGAUAUGCUCGCGCCGGACGCAGUGGAUGUGUGAUUAUUUGUUUUGAGUGCUCACAAAAAUUGCCAAAGUGGAUUCCGGACUGUACCGGGCCGUGGAGCACGCGCGGCGGCUCGAGCGCUCCCAGGCCAUGUAUGUCAUAAAUUUAGAAAUGGCGCACGAGAGCGCCAGCGGCGCGGAGGGGUCGCCGCAGCACACGCCCUCCCCCCCGCACCCGUCCCGCCUGCCGCCGCCAGACACCACCUUCCACCAGCAGAUCAUGCAGAAACAAAGCUCAUCCGACACCCGUAUAGCUGAGAGAGCGAAACAUUCUUUAGAAAACGAUUUCCUGAUGCAACUCAAGAAGCAGCAGCAACUGCAACAGGAGAUCCUGCUGCAGCACUUCCAGCAGCAGCGGCAGCAGCUGGCGGAGCAGCACGAGCAGCAGAUACGACAUCACUUGAAGCGCGGUUGUUCGCAGCUGUGGGAGCAGCAGAAGGCGAUGGAGAAGGCGGCGCUGCGGGAGGCGCGGGAGGCGCGAGAGGCGCGCGAGGCGAGAGAGAGAGAGCGCGAUAGGGUCGAGCUGAUGCGCAAAAAGGACAAACACGAGCACAGCGCCAACGCCUCCACGCAGGUCAAGCAGAAACUACACGAGUUUCUGAUGAAGAAGCAGUCAGCCGCAAGCGCCAACGGCACCGUGUCCGGGUCACCGUACAGAAAUUGGGGCAUAGUGAAAUCCUCGUCCGGCGAGUCCAUCACAUCAACAGGCGCGACGGCCACCGCUCACCCUUACCGGCUCGCCGCGCCGCUGCCGCUGGCGUUGCCCGCGCCGCAGCCCUCGCCUGCGGACUAUCCGCUGCGGAAGACAGCGUCCGAGCCCAACAUGCUGAAGGUGCGGCUGAAGGCGCGCGUCAUCGAGCGCCGCGCCUCGCCCCUCGCGCGCCGCCCCCUCAAGACCCGCCUCAAGCACCGCAACUGCGACGGCGGGUCUCCCCGCGGCUCCCCCCCGGGCGGCGCGGCGGGCGGCGCCAGCGCCCCCAUCCGCGAAGAGGAGGAGGCGGGCGGCGGCGCGGCCCCCGAGCUGCUGUUCUCUUCGCCGUCGCUGCCCAACAUCUCGCUGGGGCGGCCCCACGUGGCGCCCCGCCCGCCCGCGCCCGCCGCGCCGCCCCCGCUGCCGCCCGUGCGCGAGGCCCCGCCCGACGCCGAGCCCCGCCCUCCGCCGCGCCCGCUCGGCCGCACGCACUCCGCGCCGCUGCCGCUCGGCGACCCCGCGCUCGCGCCGCCCGCCGCGCACCACUACCUACGCGACCAGAUCCGCAAAACGGUUCUGACACGCGCCCACGACGCGGUGGCGCUGCGGGAGGAGGAGGGCGAGGUGAUCGACCUGCGGCGGCGGCGCGCGGCCUCCCCGCCCGCGCCCGCCCCCGGCAGCGGCGCGGCCACCGCGGCCCCGCUCGCCCGCGCGCUGUCCUCGCCGCUGGUGGGCGCUCGCGCCCCGCCCACCGGCCUCGCCUACGACGCGCUCAUGCUGAAGCAUGGCUGCGCGUGCGGCGCGCACGCCCCCACGCACCCCGAGCACGGCGGGCGGCUGCAGUCUGUGUGGGCGCGCCUGUGUGAGACGGGGCUGGCGGCGCGCACGGAGCGGCUGCGCGCGCGCAAGGCGACGGCAGAGGAGCUGGGCGCGGUUCACGGCGCGGCGCACGUGGCGGCGUGGGGCGGGCGCGCGCGCGACCUGGCCGCGCCGCCGCGCCUGCGCCUCGUGCGCCUGGAGUGCGGCGGGCUGGGCGUGGACGCCGACACGGCGUUCAGCGACACGCACACGCCGCCCGCCGCGCGCCUCGCCGCCGGCGCGGUCAUCGACCUGGCGCUGCGCACGGCGCGCGGGGAGCUGCGCAACGGGUUCGCGGUGGUGCGCCCGCCCGGCCACCACGCCGAGCCCAACCAGGCGAUGGGGUUCUGCUUCUUCAACAACGUGGGCAUCGCGGCGCGGCUGCUGCGCACGCGGCUGGGCGUGCAGCGCGUGCUGAUCGUGGACUGGGACGUGCACCACGGCAACGGCACGCAGCAGAUGUUCUACGAGGACCCGCACGUGCUGUACGUGAGCCUGCACCGCCACGACGACGGCAACUUCUUCCCGGGCACGGGCGCGGCGAGCGAGUGCGGCGCGGGCGAGGGGCUCGGCUACACCGUCAACGUGCCGUGGCCCGGCCACCCGCCGCUCGCGGACGCCGAGUACUUGGCCGCGUUCCGCGCGCUCGUGAUGCCUAUCGCGCGCCAGUACGCGCCCGAGGUGGUGCUCGUCAGCUGCGGGUUCGACGCGGCCGCCGGUCACCCGCCCCCCAUGGGCGGCUACUCCGUCUCGCCCGCCUGCUUCGCGCACAUGACCAUGGACCUCAUGACCCUCGCCGGCGGAAAGGUGGUGCUGUCGCUGGAGGGCGGGUACGAUCUGCCGGCGAUGUGCGACUGCGCGCAGGAGUGCGUGCGCUCGCUGCUCGGCGAGCGCGUGGCGGCGCCGGCGCUGUCAGAGCUGUCGCGCGCGCCCGCGCCGCACGCGCUGCGAGCGCUGCGGGCCGCCAUCGCGCAACAGCAGCACCACUGGCCCGAGGUGCGGCGCUGGGCCUCGCUGGCAGGCAUGUCGGCGCUCGAGGCCGCGCCCGCGCUCGCCGCCGCACGCCUCGGCCGCCUGCAGACCGACCGCGACGCCAACGACACCGCCGCCGCCAUGGCCACGCUGUCCGUGCACCACCCCGCCCCUGCGCCGCCCCCCGCGCCGCCCUCUGAGCCCAUGGAGCAGGACGACGCCAAGUGAGCGGCGCGCGCGCGUGUCGAGUGUCGCCCGCCCGCCCGCUCCGGCCGGGAGGCCGCGCGGGCGCCCCCGCCGCCCCGUGCCGCGUCGCGCGUCGCCGCCGCGCCGGGCCGCGAUCGGAAAUAAGUUCAAACAUUCCGCUCCGAACAAUCUCUUCAGUGUCUAUAUACCAAAGACUUCGAAAGUAAAUGUAUAUCUGUUAGACGUGGUAGGAGGCGAUGCAGUCGUCGUCGGUCCCGGCGCGCCCGGGACCCUGUCUGGGGCCCCGCCCCGAUUCGCCCCGCCCCGCCGCGGGGCUUUUGUUAAAUGGACGUAAAUUUUAUUAAAGUGUAUCGUUCGCCGGUCGCCGGCCCGAGAUGUAAUCUCGCUGUGUAUUAAUUUAUUGAAAGUCGAGCCGCGGGCCCGCCCCGCCCUCGGGCGCGCCCGAGUGUAUAUUUUUGUAUGGAGGGUCCGCGAUUCCUUGUACGCUAAAAAGAUUUAAACGAUGUUGUGUCUUUAAAAAUUUUAUUGUUAAAUUGGAAUACAGAUGGAAGAAUUAUU